AUGGAUCCUGGUUUUACAAGUGAUCAUGAAACUAUGAAUGAGUCAAAAAAUCGAAGCUCUGGCGGGAGCAGUCAGCAGCAGAAUCAUAGAUUUGAGAAUACUGGAAUCUUGAUGGGUUCCACUGUCCCGACGAUUCCGCCAGUGUCAUCUAACUUUCCGCCUGCCUUAAGUGGUUCUCUCAUGUCACCUCAGUUGAGCCCUUUUCCAGAUUAUCGUUUGAGACAACAUCCAUUGGCCCAAAUGAUUCCUACGGAUAAAAGCUUUCUAACUUAUAGUAUGGAAUCUUUCAAAAGUAGAGUAACUAAAGCAUGUGAUUAUUGUCGAAAGAGGAAGAUUAGAUGCACAGAGAUUGAUCUGGCGUAUGGGAGGUGUAGAAACUGUAUCAAAUAUAACAAGGAUUGUACGUUUCAUUUCCAUGAAGAAUUGAAAAGAAGGCGGGAAGAGGCGUUGAAUAGUAAAGAAAAUGGGAAGUCAGUUAAGAAGCUCAAAUGUGAUAAGGAAAAUACGGUGGAAGACGAGAGUUCCGAUACAGCCGCACGAUCGAGCAACGCUUCGUCUACAGGAAGCCCACCCAAACUACCACAGUCCACUUUAUUACAAGAAAUUGAAGAAGGACCUGCCUGUCAGAGCGCAGAAAAUAAGGAAGAUGAUGAUUUGUCAGACCUUGUUCCCAUUGAUAAGGAAAUUCUUGAAAAAAUGGAACUCAACCAUACUAAAGUUUCCAGAAAAGUCUUUGUGUUGGAAGAAAUUUGUAAGAAAAUGAAAGGAACGAUAGAGAAACUCGUUGAAGAAACUAAAAUUGACGUUCUUGAUAAAGAGUACAUGAAGCGGCCCAAAAGAAAGCAAUAUUCAAAGGCCUUGUUAACAAAACAGAAAAUGUUUCAUUUUCGACAGAAUGUUUCAUCACAUUUAACUGACGAAGAGUUUCUAUCACCCAUUAAUGAAAUGUUCACAACCACCUUUAAAUACUUUAUUUUGCAAACUAAGUUGGCACUCGAUUUCUCUUUUCGAUCUGCAUCAUCUCCAUCCAGCGACAAUAUUCUGUAUCCUUUGCCCCGUUUAGCGAUUGCAAAGCGUUUGCUGGAAAACAUAAAAUGCCCGUCCUUAGCUUCUCUCCUCCAUAUAACAGAUGUAGAUCAAUGUCUAGAAUUUGCUGAGAUUUACUGUGAUCCUCUCAAAGGAAGACUGACUCCCUCACAAGCAUUUUUGUUGAAUAUUUGCUUAUGCCUUGGAGCUACCGUGUCUAAUUUUGGAGAGAAGCAAGAGCUAAUUGAUGAAGGAAGUCAUGAAAUCUAUUAUUUUGAGAAAUUUGAAUUGUGGAGGCUCAGAUCUUUCACUUUUCUCAAUUCUGUCUACUACUACCAUAAACUAUCUGUGGCGCGUGCAGAUAUGACGGCAUUGAAGGCAUUGCUUUUACUGGCAAAGUUUACCCAACAAAAAAUUAGUGCUUCAUCAGCGGUUAAAGUUCUUUCCGUGGCGAUCAAAGUGGCUUUGGAUUUACGACUGAAUUUGCAUUCUACUUAUGAAGAUCUAGAGCUUGAUGAAAUUCUCGAAAGAAGGCGUUUAUGGUGUUAUUGUUUUUCAACGGACAAAUUCUUUUCUGUAGUAUUGUCAAGACCGCCGUGUCUGAAGGAGGAAAACACAGAUGUAUUGACGGAUGAAAGUUACGUUGGACUCUUCCGGGAUAAAAUUCUGCCGAAGCUUUCCAAAAAAUAUGAUGAUACAAGACUAAGAAGGGUGAAUGAUAUUGUCUCCGUUGUAAACUUUCUCGCGAACCACCUUGAAUAUACACCAUACAUUCAAUCAUAUUUUUUAUCAAGAUUAUCUCUUAUAGAGUCUCAAAUAUAUUACGCAUGUUUUUCUAUUAGAACAACCCUAGACGAUACACUGGAUGAAAUUAUUGAUAAAGUACUAGAAAAUCAAAAAUCACUAGACAGGAUGCGAGAUGAUUUGCCAAUUAUAUUAUCGCUAGAUAACUACAAAAAAAAUAUGAAAAUUUUAUCUUUGGAGUCCCCAAAGUUAGAGUUUGAAAUAAAUUGUUGUAACACUAUUCUUUUACACCUCAGAUGGUAUCAUCAAAAGAUAACCUUGAGUUUGUUUGUUAUAUCUAUCAUUAGGGACAAUUUGGACCAGCGUGAAAGUUCUCGGCAUGAUAUAGCUGAAAUUAUUAGAACAUCAAGGAUCAAUUUUAAAGAAAAUUGCAUCGAAGUAUUGAACGUUUUGAAAGAUUUUGAAUACUAUCCUGCUGUUCAGAAUGAUUUUUUGUAUUUUUCUCUCACAACAGUUUUCUCCAUGUUUCUUUACUUGUCAGAGAUUAUGGUAAAUGAUGAAAAUGCCAUGGAAACCGGCUAUAUUAUUGGGUUAUUAAAGGAUACGCAUACUCGUAUGCUGGGAUCUGAAAAAAAUUAUCUUUCCAUAUACAAUCUAAAAUGGCAGACAUCUCUUUUCUUUUAUACUUUUUUUUUACGAAGUACAAUAGAAAAGUUCAACCUCACAAGUAAGUACGCGAAAUUUUAUGCAUUUGACUCAAAAUAUUAUGAAACUAUACUCGACAAGUUGGUUAAGCAUACCAGAGACUCGAAAGAUGACAUGGUAGAGCUUUUGAAAACUUCAUUCAUAAAUAAGGAGAAGAUGGCUUCAUUUGGCAGUUUUGCUACAAAAGAUCAAGAGAAAAUGAAAAUGUCUUUCAAUCUUUUAAAUGAAAUAACGAUCCAGGAUUUGAACUUUCUGCAACUUUCGAGCAUUCCAAAAUUAUGGGGAGAUACAGCUGUGAAUUCCACCAAAGAAAUCAACCGCAAUGAGAAUAGCAAUUCUAAAAAAAACGAUGAUUAUGAUGGUUAUGAUAAUAAUGAAAACAAUAUUAAAAACAAUAGUAAAAAUAAGAUUAAUGUCAAUUACAAUGAUGAUGAUGAUGAUGAUGAUGAUGACGAUAAUUAUGACAGAUCCUUAUUCCCAACAGGGUUAACUUCGCUGCUGGAUGAGAUAUAUUCAGAUCGAACAGUAAAUGAUAACAAUGAUGAGAAUGAAAAGUCAAGCAAAUUAUUCCAGAAGAUUGAAGAUCACUUGGAGCACGGUGUAUUUUUUUACGAUCGAGAUUUCUUCUUCAAGAAUGUAUGUGUGAAGAUGUAA